AACAAUCUUGUACUUUAUAAGCCUGUAGAUCUAAGUGAUUUAUAUUUGCCACUACUUGGUGCACUGCCAUAAUGGACAGAUUUAUUACAUUAUAUUUAACAGCGUUUAAUCCUAUAAGAAUCCUAACCAUAGUGUUUAAACAAGAUGAAAACUGGGAAAGGAUUUCUUCCUAAUAAACAUGGAGUUAUAGUUUUCAACAUCUCUUUGCUGCUGCUAGUGUUCUGCUUUUUUCCCCCCUUGCUGCUAAAUGGAUUAAAGCCUGUUUUGAUUGCUAUGGCAUCCCGUGAUGAGAGUACUGACUAUGAAGAUGAUGUAAGCUACCUGGACAGAAUGACAGACCUAGUGGCUAUCUGGGAAGUAGGUUUAAGUGAUGGCAUCCACAAAAUUGAAUUUGAACAUGGGACCACCUCAGGAAAACGUGUUGUGUAUGUGGAUGGAAAGGAAAUAAUGAGAAAAGAAUGGAUGUUCAAAUUAGUAGGAAAAGAGACAUUUACUGUUGGAACAUCUAAAACAAAGGCUACUAUUAACAUUGAUGCUGUCAGUGGCUUUGCAUAUGAAUAUACCUUGGAAAUUAAUGGCAAGAGCCUCACAAAAUACAUGGAGAACAGGUCAAAAACAACAAGCACUUGGAUGUUACACUUGGAUGGUACAGAUUUCAGGGUUGUAUUAGAAAAAGACACAAUGGAUGUCUGGUGCAAUGGUAAAAAAGUGGAAACAGCGGGAGAAUUUGUAGAUGAUGGGACAGAAACACAUUUCAGUAUUGGAAAGCAUAACUGUUGCAUUAAAGCUGUCAGCAGUGGGAAAAGAAGAGAAGGAAUUCUUCAUAUGCUUGUUGUAGAUGAUGAAGAAAUCACAGCACCUUUGUAACAGCUUUCCAUUAUUCUGACUAUUGCAGAUACAAAGAUCAGGGAUUUUCAAUUGCUGUGGUAAUUGACUACUUUAAUAUAUACUUCAUGGUAUAUUCAGUUUGUGCGGUUCUUAUUUUCUAGCUGCUGUAUAUGAAAUUUAUUGAAGGACCAGAUGAGAAUAUGUUGUCUUUUUUUGUAAAAAAGAAUUUAUAUAUUAGAACACUAAAGAGGAACUUUGACCAAUGUAGAAAUUGUUUACAUGGAAAAUUUUAAUAAGUGCAGAAUAAAACACAGUAGUGAAAUUUGUUCAUUUAAA